GAAAAGCAGCGCAUUAUUUGGGGUUACAAAAUUCUCUUUUUGGAUGUGCUGUUCCCAUUAAAUGUCAAGAAAAUUAUUUAUGUUGAUGCCGACCAAGUGGUUCGUGGGGAUCUGAAGGAGCUGUGGGAUAUGGAUUUGCAGGGUGCUCCGUAUGGUUACACACCCUUUUGUACCUCGCGAGAGAGUACGCUCGGAUACCAAUUUUGGCGAGAUGGAUUUUGGAAGUCCCACCUUCAAGGCAAACCCUACCACAUAUCGGCACUUUAUGUCGUUGAUUUGGAGAACUUUCGUCGUACGUUAGUCGGGGACCAGCUGCGAUCCAUUUAUCAACAGCUCUCCGGAAAUCCGGAUAGUCUGGCGAAUCUCGAUCAAGAUCUCCCAAACUACGCUCAGCACCAAGUGCCCAUCUUUAGUUUACCGCAAGAGUGGCUCUGGUGCGAGUCUUGGUGUUCAGAUGAGACAAAGGGUACAGCAAAGACAAUCGAUUUGUGCAACAACCCAGAACAUAAAGAACCAAAAGUUUCGAUGGCGAAGCGGAUCGUUAGCGGGCCACUUUUCAACGAAAGCUGGGUUGAACUUGACGCCGAAGUAGAAAUGUACGAGCAAGCCUACUUCAAGGGGCAGCUGUAGACUUCACUUUACAAAGCU